AUCGUCAUCGACGAGGCCAUGGGGACGUUCGCCAAUGUGGAUGUUUUUCUCUACGCCGAUACAAUCGUCACCAGUUUAUCGGAGUACUUUGAUGGCCACGCUACGGCGCUUGGUGGAUGUGAGCGUCUCUUUGUAACUGAGAUUGCUGUGCCAUACCUAUCGUAUUCUCCUCUUCUCAGUCUUGUUAUUAACCCGCAGAUGCAGCACCACCUCCUCGGUAAGAGGUAUCUUAAGUCAGUGAUUGAAGAUACCUAUGUUGGAAAUAUUUGUAAUAGUUCCGACAUCUAG